UCGCGCCGUUGCAUCGUCGGCGUAGAAAACAGUUUGAUCGAUAAUUCGUUUCUACGUCACGUGGGUUCAGCCGAGCGUAAAAUUCCUGGUUAAUAUACACUCAUGACUCGCCGCGCUAACGUAGCGUCAACGUUUUGUUCAGCUUCGACUAGUCAGUUUUAUUAAUAAUAACGCGAUACGCUAUAUUGUUGGCCUUUGAAACAUGGGUAACGCCGAGAGCAACGUCACCAGCGGCGUGAAAAAACAGACGGAUGCAGGUGCGAUCGCCCUGUACAAACUCGUUGAUCUCAAAGGUGGUGGUCUGCUGGUGGACAUGAUGAAGCGGGCCUCGCAAACGAAACAGUACGCUGAGAUAGAUCACGCAAUUAGGACAAAAGUCGAGCCGUUUCUGUACAACGGAGGCAAAGGCAAGUGGAUACCCAUAGCGAAACUGGUGCUCUUGAGGAAUAAAGAAAGGGGGAGACACAAAAUGUUACCCGUGCUCAAAGCCAUGGAGAAGCCCGAGGACUACGAUAUCGAUAAGGACAUGGCUAACGACCCGGAGCCGGAUGAAAACACAAUCGACAAGAGUAAAUACAAGCUCGUCUGUUGGACCCUGAGCGACAGAGGAGCAGUGGGCGAGACGAUUCUGCAUCUCUGCAUGCUCAACGCCACGCAGCUCCACGCGGAUCUGGCGAAGAGGCUGCUGCGCUUCUAUCCGAACCUCAUCAACGACAUUUACAUCGAUGACGAAUACUACGGAGAGAACGUCCUGCACAUCGCGAUAGUGAACGAAGACCCGUCGAUGGUGAAAUUCCUGCUGGACAGCGGAGCGAACGUGAACGAGCGUUGCUGCGGCAACUUCAUGUGUCCGGAAGAUCAAAAGGCUUCUAGGAACGACAGCGUCGAGCAUGAAUGGGUCUGCGUAUGCUCGGAAACCAACUACGAUGGUUACGUCUACUGGGGCGAGUAUCCUUUGAGCUUCGCAGCCUGUUUGGAUCAGGAGGAAUGCUACCGGCUGAUACUAGCCAAAGGCGCCGAUCCAGAUAGCCAGGACACGAACGGCAACACCGUUCUCCACAUGCUCGUCAUUUACGAAAAGCUCGAAACCUUCGACAUGGCCUACGAGGUCGGUUCUUCCUUGUCGAUACGAAACGUCCUGCAACUGACACCUUUAACGCUAGCCGCCAAACUCGCGAGGGUGGAGAUGUUCUUCCAUAUUCUGAACAUCGAGCGCGAGAUCUACUGGCAGAUCGGUAGCAUCACCUGCGCGGCUUAUCCGCUUUCUCAGAUCGACACUAUCGACGUGGACACCGGAAAGAUCAGCAACAACUCGGCGUUGAAUUUGGUCGUUUUCGGUGAUAAAGAGGAGCAUCUCAAACUGCUGGAAGGCGUGCUGAUCGAUCUACUGAACGCAAAGUGGAAUACUUUCGUCAAGUCCAGGUUCUACCAGCAGUUCUACCUCUUCUUCUGUUACUUCAUCCUCUCGCUGAUAAGCUGCACCCUCCGACCUGGUCCCAUAACGAAGACCGACGCUCCAACCACGACACCACAUCCCAUGAACGACACGAGCAUCGAGUCCAUCACUCCGACCUCGGAACCUUUAGAGCUGCAGACCUUGUCGUCGCUUCUGGCGAAAAACUUGGCCGAACAACUCGUCAUGGGUAUGAAGAUGUACGGCAACGUCUCCGAGGACUCACUCGCGAGGAUAAGUCUCCAGGUGGCUUCAAACAUCAGCGGCUCGAUCAAGGACAUCUGGACGAGGCAGAACCUCACGAGCAACGACACCGACUACGUCGAUAUCGCAGGAGGUCUGUACGCGGACGUCAACGAGACCAGCGCGAGUGAUCCCUUCGAUUUGAACGCGAGCGAUAUCGUGAUUCUUAAGAAGGGAAAGAAGGAACUCGAUGACUGGUGGGAUGACCUAACCGAAGACUGCCGACUCAUGCAGAUGAACAGUACCUCGGCGAAAAUCCGCCUGACGGCCGAGAUAUUCAUGGAAUUCGGCGCUAUACUUUACAUAUGCGCUGCGCUCCGAGAGGCGAGGUUCCUCGGGCUCAACAUGUUCAUCGAGAAUCUCAUGACGGCUCCGUCGCGCGUCAUGUUUCUCUUCUCCUGCUGCAUCCUCCUGUCCUUUCCGUUUCUGAGGAUGUCCUGCGCCGACGAGGUCGAGGACAUACUCGCUGUAGUGGUGAUGCUCACGACCGCGCCCUACUUCCUCUUCUUCUGCAGAGGCUUCAAGACCGUCGGGCCCUUCGUCGUCAUGAUCUACAGGAUGAUCAUGGGUGACCUGCUCAGAUUCGUCUCGAUCUAUCUGGUCUUCGUCAUGGGCUUCUCUCAAGCUUACUACAUAAUCUUCCUGUCGUUCGACAAUCCGAUCACGCCCGAGGGUGUCGACGACAGCAAAGCUAAUCCACUACCGUCAGCCAUGGAGAGCAUCAUGGCGAUGUUCCUCAUGAGCAUGACGAAUUUCGGCGAUUACUACGACGCUUUCGAGAACACCGAGCACGAGAUGUUGGCCAAGUGUCUCUUCGUCGUGUAUAUGGCCAUUGUGUCGGUUCUACUGGUGAACAUGCUCAUCGCUAUGAUGGGCAAUACCUACCAGAAGAUCGCUGAAACGAGGAACGAGUGGCAGAGACAGGUGCGUAAGUGGUGUGGGCUAGGAUAGUUCUCGUGGUGGAGAGAGGAGUAGCCCCGGCGGAGAGAUUGAAGAAACUGAACGUUUACUCGCAACCGAUGUCCGAUGGGCGUAAGGCAUUGGUACUGAGGUUGAAUCAAACUGACAAAGAUAAGGAGGAGAUGAAGGACAUCCUGGAAAUGAAGAGGAUACACAUAAAAUCGAUAAAGAGACGCAAGGACAAGCUGCAGAAGGCGAAAGAAGACGCUGAAAAGCUCCAGCAGCAGAUGGCCGAUAAGGACAAUAAGGACAAAGCCGUUAUUAUACAAUGAGAAUUUUUCUAUGUAUAUAAUAAAGCGCUCUUGUAAAUAUAUUCAAUACGAGUUGUUUCAUUGACUACAAUCACGUCUCGCUUGAAAACUAUCCGGCGUAACUCGAUCCAUCGUAUCCACGCUCGUCAAACAUCUCACCGUAACUAUGACAACGACACCACAGCUUGGAAACGCAAUACGACGCAGUUCGCGUUUUCCUCAGAGACGAUCAUCCCUCCGAAAAAAGAUGAGCAAUCUAAAAAAACCGAUAGACUUCAAAAUGCUGGAGAACGAGCUGGACAGGGCCUUGAGAGCCGACGAAUUGUACAAAUUGCAAAACGACGCUAAACUCCGGGCGAUCGAACAGCGAGUUCCAUCAUACGAUCAUUUCCGCGACAUGGUGCAAGCGGCGCAUCUCAGGCCGCUGGAACGUUCGGAGAUGCAAAAGAAGGCCGACGUCUCUUGGAACCAUUGUUACAGCAAAAGCGACGACGAGGAGAUCCUAAAAAUUUACGGUCCGCCGAACGACGGCCGUUGCGAUAACGUUUUCGAGAGUACCGAGCCGCAGAACAGCGCGGAAUUUCUGAAGAACUGGAAAAACUUGUCGGAUCACAGCCACAAGCUCGAGUACCUGCUCCGAUUUAGGAAAGGCCUGAGAGAGAAGUUUUUCAAAGUCGAGGUGCCGUCGGAAUUUCUCGAAGAAUUUUUCAAACUCAGCCUGGACGUCUGCUCGCCGGACGUAUUUUUAGAGGUCGUUGAAAUCCUGCGGAUUUUCACCGAGUGUAACAGAUUCGCAUUGAGUUUGGCGAUGAUAUCAGAAUCGGGAAAAAAUUGCUUGCAGCUCUUGUUUGAGAAUUUCGCUGCUUUCGCUAGGAAUAGCGCGGAGACCGAGACCGUCGAACGUCUCAUGAGCAAGUAUUGCGUUUCUCUGUAACGGUCACUGAUUAGAAUGUACGAUUUGAAAAAAAAAAACUAAUAACAUCUCUUUUAUCGA